GGUUCGGCGCUUGCUGACAACCAUCUUCUAACGGUAUCGUACUGUCACCUGCGCAGAGUUUGUUAACUCAGAGCCUAUCUGACUAACGAACAGUGCUGGUUCAGGUGUUGGACACCUGCUUCACAGAAAUCGUCGCGUUUGCGGUCAUAGCAGCAUAUUGGCAACAGUAAUCAGAAUUGCCGGUGGUGUUGUAGGAGUUACUGUGCCGUUCUGGAAGCAACAAAAACACCAGGCGUUGCGUUCUUCGCCAUUCGCUUGCUGUCGCGCAGUAAAAUCCACAUUGACCAGCAACAUCCUCAUCUGCGAAACGGCCAUAUAGCGCCCGUGUGCGUUGGCAAAAUCCAGAGGCGCAGACGCAGAGUAACGCUCAACCGGAGAGUGACAUACCGUCCGAGCAUCCCAUCGCACCCCAGCCAGCUCUGGAGCGACAUCAGAGCUUGCGAAGCCGUCUCCCCGAGCACUUGCACCUGCUAUCUUCAUUUCAGAGCAUGUCUGACGAGGCGAACGAUUCGAACUCGGACGGAAAAACCCCAGAUACACCGUCAGCGAAGAUCGAAGCGAAGGUUGUGCCAAAAGACAAGUCAAAGUCGAACGGAAGGCCAGCAUCCGUACAGAAUGGAGCAUCAAACAUCGUACCGCCUCCAAAGACCGACAAGCCUCGUCCUCACGUGUGCGCAACCUGCGGUCGAUCUUUCGCAAGGCUAGAGCACCUUAAGCGGCACGAGCGCUCGCAUACGAAGGAAAAACCGUUCGAAUGUCCAGAAUGCACACGAUGCUUCGCAAGAAGGGAUCUUCUGCUGCGGCAUCAGCAAAAGCUGCAUAUGACGACGCCGGCCUCAUCCAGGCCUAGGAGUGGUCGGCGGGAGAGUGUCAGUGGGACAUCCGCGGCCGGAGGAGGCAGGAUUCGAAAGAACUCCGUUGCAAACGGUAAUGCUAAUGGCAUUAGUGGCGUUUCAGCCGGGAAGUCGAGGCCAAGAGCAAACACCAUCAGUCACGUCGAUCUCGCCUCGCUCGGUCUGAUCAACGGAUCAAAUGCUAGCUUCAAUCGAGUCAAUGCGCUAGGUGUAAGCGGCAUGAGUGUCAGUGGGAUGGGUAGUCACAUGAGCUACGAUUAUCGGGGCAUGUCCAACGCCAUUGGACAUCAUGGCAGCAUUCAUGAUCUGCCCAAGCUGGAUCUGCUUGCGAUCAACAGCAGUACUGAAAUGGGCAGUUCUAUGCGAACUGCGCCGCCAAUGGGGAGCUUCGCGCAACAGACAGGUUUUGACUUGGACCAGCUUUUCAGUCCUGGCACCACGGUCAAUCCCGCACAGCUGCAUUUCGGCGGACAGUCCAACAUACCAGCGACGCAGUCCCCCGGGUACGACGGUAUCUCUAACCAGCAUUCCUUCAUCCCAGAGAGUGAUGAUUUUAGGUGGAUGCGUCAAUGGAACAUGCAGAUUCCUUCAAGCUACGGUACCGAGCAUGCCGUAGAUGAGUCGUCUCCCUCCAGGAUAAGUAGCGGAGAGAGUCCCGCGGCAGACUAUGAAAGCAUGUCGAAUAGCAUGCCCGGCAUGGCUAUGCCUGGCAGCCUAGGCCAAUGGUCGCAGCCAGAGUUGCCUGCACACUUACCGCUGUCAGGUGGAGGGCCCUUUCAUCUUCUGGCUCUGGAAAGUGGCUUGUCAAGUGUUGAUGCACCGUUUGGUACUGGCUCGGCUCAUUUACAACAAGAGUCCUUUGCGAGCGCUAAUACUUACUUUGACCAACCCAUCAUCACGCAGUCAGUGCCGCAUCUACCGCAGGCUGAAGUGCUGCAGACUCAACCCUCGAGUAUCUUUGUACCGCCGUCCUUGUCGAACUUCAGCUCCGACAGUCCCAGUAUGUCGGCAUCUUCCAUGACGGGCAGCGUCCGUCAGAGCUCUGUGACAUCUGUGUCGACGGACUCCAUCACGGACUCUACACGUCAAGCCCUUCUAAGCUGCCUAUCGCAGCCAUCAGCAUUUGGACACAACCGCCGAAAGUUCUCGCAGCCCACCAUAAGCUCUCCACUGUCGCCUGGUGCAACACGAACGUCGGCACAAGGUGUCAACUUACCGAGUACAAGUGAUCUGCGCAGAUACGUCGACGCGUUUAUACAAUUCGCACACCCGCACCUCCCUGUGCUUCAUAUACCUACUUUGUCUUUCGACAACAUCGAUGGCUCCGGAGGGCAGAGGACAGCAGGUAAUCAGGCCGCCCUCAGCCCGAAUAGCAUUGUCAAUGGCGGCAGCGGAUGUCUCAUCCUUUCCAUGGCAUCGAUUGGUGCUCUCUAUGAGUACGACCACCCUGCCUCCAAAGAUCUCUUCGAGGCUGCGCGAAAGAUGAUUCAGCUGUACCUCGAAGAGCGAAGAAAGGCCGACAUGUCUGCCGCGGUCAGUGGCGCGAAGCACAGCAGCGAACAUUAUACGCCUCUCUGGCUAGUGCACUCGAUGUUGUUGAAUGUAAUAUACGGGCACCAGUGCGGCGACAAGACAGCUGCCGACAUAGCGAGUAACCAAUGUGCCGCUCUUGUGAGCCUAGCGAGAGCGGCCGAUCUUGCUCAAGCACCUGAAGACGUAUCAGCGGGCAGAGAAGACUUUGUAAAGGACGGUCAAGAGAACAGUGACGUAGACAUGGAAGGCGCGGACACGUCGCCUCAUCAAGCUUCUCCUACGGAUUUGCAGACUCGUUGGCUGAACUGGAAGCACGUGGAGGAGCGAAAGCGUACGCUUUACGCCAUAUUCAUCCUUUCAAGCCUUUGCACGACCGCGUACAAUCACCCGCCGACCAUCAUGAACUCCGAAAUUCUGCUCGACUUGCCGUGCGAUGAGGAGCUGUGGGAGGCAGAAACAGCACAUGAGUGGCAUAAACGCGGCGGCCUAACCGCGGCAGAACGCAGUUCGAUUUCGUUUGUUGACGCUCUCACAACGCUGUUGACGGCCAAUCAACGACAAGGCAGCAGCUACAACUCAUCUGCCUACAAUAGCAACAACCCACUCGGCGCACUGCAGGCGGGUGAUGGCGUGGCGGACAACAAUCUCAAACCUAGCACUUUUGGCUGCCUGGUAUUGAUCAAUGCGCUCCACAACUACAUCUGGGAAACCCGCAGUCGACACCACGGCAGACAGUGGACACAGCAAGAGACGGACUCGAUGUUCUCACACAUUGAACCAGCGUUGAAUGCCUGGCAAGCUGCGUGGAAAGCAAACCAGCACCACAAGCUGGAGCGACCUAACCCCUUCAAGCUUGGACCGUUAUCUGCCGACAGUGUCCCACUGCUGGACCUGGCGUUUGUGCGACUUUUCGUCAACCUCGGACGAUCGAAAGAAGCCUUUUGGCAGCGCGAUUUUGAUGGCAUGGCUGAGGAGCUUGCCCGCGGAACUGAGAUCGUGCAACAUGCGAGCGGCGCGCCAACAGCUGCGGGCGAUAGACCAGAAGACCCGUCUGUAAGGAAAGCUGCCAGCAUGUCGCCCGACAGCGCGUUGCCGCAACGCCGGCCUUCAAAAGCACCAUCUUUGGACCAAGCUUCAUCGCGACGGGAGCGACAUUUGCGCAAGGCCGCUUUCUACGCCGCUGAUUCUCUGACCAUCGCCUGCAGCUACAAUUUGACGUACACAGAUCUGUCGGCGCAUGAGCUACCCAUCCAGUCCGCCAUGUGCUUCUUCGAUUGUAGCCAAGUUCUUGCCGAAUGGGCAUGCACUGUACAGGAACGUGUCGGUAGUCUGCUAGGUGUCCUCGGCCGCGACCAAAUCGAUUUCCAGAACGUGCCUGCAAUAAUGCUGCUGGAGAACGAGGAUGUUGAACUUCUACGCAAGAUUGAGCGAAUCUGUGACAGCCUCGAGACCAAGCGGUACCAGCAGGAGAACCUCCUAGCCAUGGACAUUCAGUCAAUGAAUCCGAGCGCAACCGUGGGCCUUGUUGCCAACAAUGUCAAUCUCAGUACUUGUGGGCACGGCAGUAAGGUACUGAGGGUGACGGCGAUGAUGCUGGAAAAGGCUGUCAUCUGGCCUGUCACCCACGUCAUGGCGAAAGCGCUCGAAACCCAGGCCACGCACAUGGAUCAGAGAGCGGAUGCAUCAUGCAAAUGAACCCGUCUCGCAACACACAACCAAAGCAUCAAUCAACCCGUUAGUUAGGUGUCGACCAUGUCCAUAUCGGAGUUGGUGUCUUCCCCUUCUUGUACAGCACAGCGUUUUGCGCAGUCUGAAAAGUUACAUGUGCAUAUGGGUCUGGAAAAGCAUCGGUGGCCAAAAGUUUACCAGAGCGUGCAAGAGUGUGCUCUUCACGGCCGACGUGCCUGCUUAUCGUACGAACGAAUCACGACAUCUUUGAUGAGUGGCAAUGGGAAGGCGCCCGAUGUAUCUACGGCGUACUUUGUACGAAAUGCUCACGCUGUUCUAAGCGACUACGCAGUUCAACG